AUGCCGUCUUACAUCAUUACAUGCAAACCGGAUGCCUCCGACGACGAAGUGCAGCAAGUCAAGAAGCAUGCCAUCGAUCAGGGUGGAGAGAUCAUUCAUGAAUACAACUUGAUCAAGGGCUUUUCUGUUGCGUUCGAUAAGGAUACUGUCACUUCUCUCGAGACGCACCCUCACGUGGAUAAUGUCGAGGAGGAUAGUGAAGUUCAGACACAGUAA